AUGGGGGGGGGAGGUCAGCGGCGACAGGGGGAGGGUGCCCAGCGGGCGACGGCCGACCAGCGCGUGCGGAGCGGUUCCGGGGGGAAGGGCGCACCAACGAAGGCACGAGCCGGGCCGCCAGGUAAACGUGCACGGGAUCCCACCGCCACCAGCACGAGAGCGGUCCCGCGACGCCCGGGGACGCCGGCCAGCCUCAGCACCCUUGGCGCGCCUCCUCCCCCCCGCGAACCGGGCCCCACACCGCUGGGGCCCGCCCACCCCCACGGGACCCCCGCCGCAGGGGCCCGUUUUAAACCUCCGCCCGUCUGCCUAGUCCAUCCCGGAACCACGACCCGGGGGGAAGCGCCCCCAGGCGAGAGCGGGCCCGACCCGUGCCCAGACGUCACCGCCGGCGGCCACUCCACGGGAGCGGGCAGCAGACGCAGCCGCUCGCACGGCAACAGGGCAGGAGACGCACGGCCGCGGGGGAGUGGCCACGCACGCACGCACUCGCACGCCACACGGGAGCCCCACGUGCCAGACGCCAGCCAGGCCCGGCGGGAUCCUCCCCCGACUCGGAGGGGGGAGGCGCAGGCCGCGGUAGGCAAGAGAGCGACGCUCGGCCCCACCGCGGGGCCGGCAGACCCCUCGCAGAGAGGGGGCUCUGCCCAACACGCAACGGUAGUCACCCCGCAUCGGUGGCCACUACGCGCAGAGGAGGGGCGGCAGCUGGGGGGUUCCGGUACCCCCAAGGCACCCUCUCGGAUCGCUAGAGAAGGCUUUCUCACCGAGGGCGCAUCGCCCCCACCCAUUCGUCCCCCCGACCGAGCCCCGCGAAACGGCGUCCCAAAGGCCUCCAAGGGCCUGGGGGCAGGGGUGGGUCUGCGGCCAUGCUCCCAUCACCGCCCAGAAGGAACCUCGUGCCUCCACCGGGGCCACGAGAGGAGCGGAGACGGGCACAGCAUGCUGGGCAAAAAUAGCAGCAGCCCUCGGGUGGCCAAGCGCCACAGCGCUGGCCCGGCCCGGCACG